AUGAUGACCGGCGGGAACUACUCGACAAUCGACAGCCAGAAAGUUUCUGGAUCGGUACCUUCUGUUCCAGAUCCAGGCCAUACCACCGUCAAAUUCCAAGAAUCAAAUCUACAAACUUUUCCUCCAUCUGCUACUCAGGGCAAGAUCUCUGGUGGUAGUAAUCCCCCUCGAGAUGCUGACGAUUCAUUUUCUGGGAAUGGUAAUGGUAGUACUAGAGAUGAAACUCAGUCUGGUGGCUGGCUCCAUAAAUUCACUGUUGGUGCUUACAAGCCGUUCUUCGAUGUUGACACUUCGGAUGUUGUUGAAAGACUCAAAGAAUCUCUCUUCCCAUUCCGUGGAACGUUUACAGAGAAGACCGCUGAUAAGCCUGACUUGUAUGGUCCGUUCUGGAUAUGCACCACUUUGAUAUUCGUGGCAGCAUCAAUCGGCACAUUUGUGACAUACAUAGCACACAAAUGGAAGAAACAAGAAUGGAACUACGACAUUAAUCUGGUGACUUGGUCCGCAGGAGUGUUCUAUGGCUACGUCACGAUUGUUCCUCUCGCACUAUACGUUGUUCUCAAAUACUUCUCUGCACCAUCAGGCUUAGUCCAACUCUUCUGUCUCUACGGCUAUUCCCUCUUCGUCUUCAUCCCUGCAUUGUGCCUCUCGGUCGUGCCGGUGGAGAUCUUCAGAUGGGUUAUCGCAGGUGUAGCCGGGUUCAUGUCUGCAACAUUUGUGGCUUUGAACCUGAAAGCGCAUAUCAAUUCCGCUGGAGAGAGGUCGAUCUUGAUUAUUGCAAGCAUCUUUCUUUUGCAGCUCGGGCUUGCGGUUGUGCUCAAGCUCUAUCUGUUCACUGUCACCGUAUGA